AUGGCUUCAAGAGCUGCAGCAGGUGCUGGGGAUGCCGCUAAAGCGGAGGGGCCUGUGCCCGAAGAGGCACAGUUUGGCCGAGUUUACAUCCCAGGCCGUUGGGACGUUGCAAACUUGUUCUUACCUUCAUUGAUCCAAGUCAAGGACAAUCCCAAAGCCACCGCACACUUCCGGCAGAAGCUGUGCGCAAGAGACUACGACAGCGUCAAGAUGAUGCUCCACGCGGGCUUUCCGCCAGGAGCAGCACUGUCACCGCGGCAGCACCGCACUGCGCUGUUUCUGGCAGCUGAGAUGGGUGACGUUCUUCUGUGUCAGCUUCUUCUAAGCUUUCGAGCUGAUCCAUUCCAGCGUCUGCGAGCGCAGCAGGAUGGCAUGAUCAGUGCAAUCAAUGUGGAGGACAAGGGCCACGUUCGCCCUCAUCCGCUUGAUGUGGCAAUUCAGCGAGAUCACUUGCCCAUUGUCCACCUCUUUAACAUGCACCGCUUCAAUCCGCCGCCCCUUGACCUCGGCGUCACCGUUCCCGUCAGGCAAGAGUUUCCGCUGCGGCUCGAGCUUCAGGCAAAUGAGUCUGGGCUGAUGGGCCUGCGCGAACCGCUGGAUCGAAAGGCCAAGUAA